ACUGGAAAUGGCCAAAGGUUGAAUCGCUGCAAUAACAUCCAUUAUGUACAGUAUGUAAGCCCAAAGGGCACCGAUGGCAUCUGUAGGCAUCUAUACUGCUUUUGACAGAACGGUUUAGAUAUCUGACUCUUUAUGCUCUGUACACAAUUACAGUUUCCGCAGCACCAGAUGUGAUACCCGAUGCGGCCGCCACAGCAACCGACACCGUGACUGCAACAACUAGCUCUGUUACAAGCAAUCCACUGUCUGUACUUCCUGAGGUUACUGAUGCAUUUGCCUCAUCCUCUGAUGGCUCUGCAACAACUCUUAAUAUGGACACCAAAGCAAUAUCUUCUGCAACCAUGGCAACAACAUCUUCUGCAACCAUGGCAACUUCUGAAACAACAUCUUCAGCAUCCGCUAGCAGCACUCAACUGCCAAACUCUCUUGUUUCUGAUGGAUCUCCAGUGGAAGCAGAUGCAAUAGCUACAGCAAAUACUGCAGCGACAUUAGUUACAAGUGCAAUUGUGUCCUCAACUGAUGAUGCUGUGAUGAAAACAGUUGAUGCACUCCCUCCAGACACUGAUUUGAUUGUCCCAGCAUCUGAUGGUGAUGCCGUCACCGCUGUAACAGAUGCUCUAGCAAUAGUUACAGUUUCUCCAGCAACCUCAGACUCAGAUGCUCCUGCAACUACUGUGGUGGCUCCUGAAGGUCCAGGUGAUGCAAAAGCCACUGAUGUGUCUGAUGAAAUCAAACCAGCUCCUGAAGGUCCAGGUGAUGGUGCUCAAAUUGUCAUGGCAGGUGCAGAAACAAUCACUGAUGCUGCUCCUCAACCUAAUGCUGAGACUAACAUUAAACCUCCAUCCGAAGCUGAGACCAAGGAGGAAAAAUCAGCAACAAAUCUAGAGAAGAAAGAUAAAGAUGCUUCUGAAAGUAAACCACCAGCAUCUGAAGCAGGAGAGAAAAGUGAAGUUCCUCUUGCUAAAACCAAUGAGGAAAAACCAGCAACAAAUACAGAGAAGAUAGAUAAAGAUGCUCCUGAAAGUAAACCCCCAUCUGAAGUAGGAGAAAAGAGUGAAGUUCCUCUUGUUGAGAACAAGGAGGAAAAAACAGCAACAAAAUUAGAGAAGAAAGAUAAAGAAGCUCCUGAAAGCAAACCUCCAUCUAAAGUAGAAGAGAAGAGUGAAGUUCCUCUAGCUGAAUCCAAGGAGAAAAAAACAGCAACAAACCCUGAAAAGAAAGAUAAAGAUGCUCCUGAAAGUAAGCCUCCAUCUAAAGUAGAAGAGAAGAGUGAAGUUCCUCUAGCUGAGUCCAAGGAGGAAAAAACAGCAACAAACCUGGAAAAGAAAGAUAAAAAUACAGAAGCCCCAGUAUCUGGUGACAUUAAGAAGAACAAGGAGGCUUGGAAAGCCGAAGAGAGCAGGGAAGCCAAAGAGGAAAAGAAAGAGAAGGAAAAAAAGAAAGAAAAAGAAUAUGAAAAGAAAGACUAUGAGAAAAAAGGUAUACAGUGUUUGUAGUUAAGCGUGUGUACCGUGCGUAGCUAUACUAUAGAAACGCAUACUGCACUCAUCCGACUCAACAUUUAACUUCUGA